UUUAUUGAAUUUCUUAGGCACAAAUGUCAGGGUUUGAAAUAUGAAUUCCAAAGAAGCACCUACUCACGAUGCACCAGCAUUACUUGGAUAUUGGCGACAACGACAAACUUUCUAUGCUAGAAAGGAUUCAAAUGGCACUCAACAAGGAGCAGCAGACCACCAUCAGCAAUGAUGGGUCUGACUCUCAUCAAAAAGGGGAGAAUACCCAUAAUUCAACAACUGAAGGUACCCCUCUUGUCGGAGAAAAUUCAGAGCCUGAAGAGAAAUCCGAACCAGAGGUUUCCAUCAUGGACAGGGCUGAUGUUCUCUUCAAAUACAUUCUCAGAUCUUUCAGAAAACACUACUGCAAAAGUUUUUAACGAUGUAACGCAGUACAGGAAAAGGAAGAGGAGAGUCACUCAGAAGCUUACCCUCCUAGGUGCUAUGAAAGAGUUUAAACAGGAGACUUUCCCUACUGUCGAACUACCUGACUUAGAAAUCUACUUGCUGUCACUAAUUACUCACAGAGUUUCCCCUCGGAUUCCGAAGAGAAAGAAGUGGGCAAAAAUAAAAGAUUUAAUGAAGACAACUUUGUACCAAUUCAAUCGUAAAAGACUGCAGACGUUCUUGUCUCACACUCAGUUUGCUUUCUUACUCUUGAAGUUCUUGGAGACACCUGACAUCCUGUCAACUCUUUCCAAAAGAUCUCAGCUAAUCAAAGAUGAGAAGUGCAGGGAGACCCUUGUACAUCACAUAAAUUUGCUGAAGGAAGAAUGCUCAAACAAAUUGAGCAACAAAUCCAACAAUUUUCUAGCCUAAUUUGCAGGCAGAAUGUAGGUGAUCACGGCUUGCUGAGGCUCUCUGCGAACCAGAGACCUCAGAUAUUUUUUAAAGCCACCCUAUCGGGCAUCAUACUUGUUUACUCGGAGCCCAAAUGUGUGGACGAAGCUAAGCUAGUUUCACCAACGUGGCUCUUUUUCCAAAACAAGUAAAUUUUCCUACCCCGUUUU